AUGUUGGCGUCAACAUCAACAGCAUCCGCGAGCCUACUAUCAGCAUCAACUUCGACGGCUGAAGGGCUCAAGCACCUGUAUCGCACCAUUUUGCGGCAAGCGCGCCUCCUCUCUUGCACUUUCGAUGACCCGAUUCUCUUCUCCUCGCAUCGAUACCUGGCACGCAAGAAUCUCGAGCCCCUUUUGACACCUUCGACCUCGGAGCCGGCUUCCUCGCAGGAAUGGCCACCCUCGACAGCAGUGAAGCGUCUUCUCCGCGCCAAAGCGCAUCGUCGUCACCUCGCGGACGCCAAUUUUGGUUGGGAACACAGCGUGCAACGCUCCCUCUCGCUCGCCUAUGCUCGCACCGGCAAGCUCCGACGUGACGUUCUGGGCGAUCUCUCACCCACUCCAUCCUCUGCAGCAAAAGAGCAAAAAUACGAGAAACGUUUGCGGAGGAAAGACUUUUCGCCGGUGCUGCAGACGCUGCUGACGAGCCCAUCGAGCAUGGAUGGUGCGGCGGUCAAGAGUAAGGAGCAUCUGAUGCGGAGACCUCCACCGCCUUUCCUGCCCGCAGAAGACGACGCGCUGGUCAAGCUGUUCGGCAAAGCGAUAAGCAGAAGGAGGGUCGCCAAUGCGAGCAAGAAAUUUGUCAAAACGUAUCUGAGGAAGGUGCUCGUCCCGCUGGACGUCGUGUCGUUUACUGCGGCAGAAGGAGGGACAGACGGAAGCAUCGUUGCUCAUCUCGAAGCGAAAGCUCGAGGCAAGCCAUCUCGAGGUAGCCGGAAGAGAGACAAUGCGCAAUGGCUCAGUGGCGCUCGGCAAAAGGUGGACCAUUAUCGAUCCGAUAUGGAUUCGAGCGAGCACCGCAAACGUGCGCUGCGGCAGCACGGAUGGUCAUCGCAUCCGAAAGACUACUCGCGACCUCGAGCGCAACGACGACUGUACGGGAGACUCCUAGCCGACGUGCCUUUGCUGCUGAUCGACACUCAUACGAUGGGCAAUGCGAGCGAGGGAAGCGGGGAGAGGAAGAAUGAUCCGCUAGGCAUGCGAAUGAAACUCGGAAGCAUCUCACAUCAGGGAGAGGGAGGGGCUGGAAAGAUCAAAGUGGUCAAAUCGAGGUAUGCUGUCGGACCAAAGGCUCGUAAUAGUGGUAGCGGCGGUGGUGAAUUGAUUCCUCGCGGCUUGUUUGAUCCGGCAGAGAAGCAGCGGACUGCGCAAGAUUGGCUGGACGAUUCCGAGGUGGCUUUUCUCAAGCAACAGGGCCUCUUGUAG